AUGGCCCCCUUUGGCUCGACCUCUGCAGCUCCGUCUACUCCCUCUGAGUCGAGCACCCGCAGAAUCGUCCAAAUGCAAGAGUGGGUUUCGGCACAGGAAGCCAUGUUUUCCGACACUGGUGUCUCGCUCCCAAUCCGACAGCCGCCCCAAGACGAAUCACACAACUUGCACCCACCACAUUCCCGACUACGGAGCAUGAGCGUUUCCCUCCCUUGGCGACAGCGUCCUAAGUCGGCGCUGGUCGAUCCCGGCAUGGAAUCCGGGUAUCAUGACUUGUCCUUGGAAAAGAGCAAGAGCCACGGCUUCGGCGGGCAGGAGGACAUUCCCCUCGCUCCUACGGCCCCGAGGGAGGGCAACUUCAAGCGGAUGCUGCGUCGGGCCUCGGUCUCGCUCAAGACAGGGGUCAAGGGAUUCAUUCACAGACGGACCUCGGUCCCAGCUACCACGAAUUUCGACCCCGAUGGCCGGCCUGCGAGGCCCCAGUUCGCCGGUUCGUCCCAUCAUGCGCCCCGCCCGACCACUUCGCACGCGGCCUGGCACCGCCUUAGGCAGCGCGGCAGUUUCCACCGACAGUCGCAGGCGAUCUACCCGGGGUACAGCGAGAGACUAUUUGAGCACGAUCUUGGCCCGAUUGAAUCCCCAACAUUCCCCGUCCCCGGCUCCGGCGAGCAGCCACCCAUCAUCCCGCGUAAUACCGGGGCGGCGGCGAGACAGGCGGCGGCGAUUGCCUGCAACGGACUUCACGGCUAUGAUGUCAUGGAUACGCCAUUCCCACGUCCGGGAUGGCUCGCAAAAGAUUCGCUGGAUGAUCAUGAGAGCGGGAUUGGCAUUGCCCUCACGAGCUGUGAAAUGGACGCCUAUGUCCCCGGCGACGAGGUCGAUUCGGACGUCGAUGUUGGAACCAGUCUCAGCCGCGACGAUACAGCCAUCAUUAAAGUCGACUUCAUCUCGCAGCUGCCGGCCGAGCUCACAAUUCAGGUUCUUGCGCUGCUCGAUGCGCCGACACUUAACACAGCCAGUCGGGUGUGCUCCAGUUGGUCCGAGGUGAUCAGGAACCAACAUAUCUGGCGCGAGUCGUUCCUGCGCGAGAAGACCACCGCCUAUGCCACCAGCGGACCCGUCAGGCCGGGCGCCGGCUUGGGCGUGCCGAACGUGCAGCCAACCAACGACUGGAAGGAAAUUUACAGAGUGAAGACCGAGCUGGACAAGCGCUGGAAGGAGGGCAAGGCUCGGCCGGUGUAUCUCAACGGGCACACAGAUAGUAUCUACUGCCUGCAGUUCGACGAAUCCAAGAUCAUCACCGGUUCCCGCGACCGCACCAUCCGAGUUUGGGACAUGCACACUUUUGCUUGCAAGCUGGUCAUCGGGCCGCCCGAGGUGGUCAACGACGGCGCCUGCGGACUCCUCUACGAUGAGGACAACGAACCGCUCCACCACGCCACCAUGCCAGACAUUGACGCGUCCCCGACUGCCGACGGGCUCCCGCGCGCUCCGAUCCGCGCCUGCGCCUCCGUGCCGGCCCUCUACGCGCCGCCGAUGCACCACCAAGCCUCUAUCCUCUGCCUGCAGUACGACGACCGCAUCCUGGUCACCGGCUCCUCCGACUCCACGUGCAUCGUGUACUCGCUCGAGGACGGGUACCGGCCCGUACGGCGGCUGCGGCACCACUCGGCGGCGGUCCUUGACUUGGUUUUCGACGACAAGCACAUCGUGACGUGCUCCAAGGACGUGUCAAUUUGCGUGUGGGAUCGGGAGACGGGGACACUGCUGCGGCAGCUGCGCGGGCACUCGGGCCCCGUCAACGCGGUGCAGAUGCGCGGCAACACGAUCGUGUCGUGCAGCGGCGACUUCAAGGUCAAGCUGUGGAACAUCGAGACGGGCAAGAACAUCCGCGAGUUCCUCGGGCACAGCAAGGGCCUCGCGUGCACGCAGUUCUCGGAGGACGGGCGCUACAUCGCCAGCGCGGGCAACGACAAGGUGAUACGGCUCUGGGACGCCAACACGGGCGAGUGCGUCCGCUCCAUGGACGCCCACGACAACCUCGUCCGCAGCCUGCACGUCGACAGCGUCAGCGGCCGCCUCGUCAGCGCCAGCUACGACUCCGACAUCAAGGUCUGGGACAUGGAGUCCGGCCAGGCCCUGCUCGACUUCCCCAAGUGGCACUCCAGCUGGGUCCUGAGCGCCAAGAGCGACUACCGCCGCAUUGUCAGCUCCGGCCAGGAUCCCAAGAUCUUGAUCCUCGAUUUUGGCGCUGGCGUGGACGGCAUCGAGAUGCUGGAGAGCGCGCCGACGCCGGGGCUGGUGGUCGUUGAGGAGGAGGAGGAGGUGGGGGUGGUGGGGGGUGCCGGGUAUAUCUGA